AUGAUUUUUUUAGAUAAGAUUAUAGUUUUUUCUUUGAGAUUAAUUUUAGUAGUGAUAGUAUUUUUGAGUGUUGCUUUUAUAACAUUAUUAGAGCGCAAGGUCUUAGGGGGAAUUCAGAUUCGUAAGGGUCCUAAUAAAGUUGGAUAUUUAGGUAUGAUUCAGCCUUUUAGAGAUGCUUUAAAAUUGUUUUUGAAGGAGCAAACUUUUCCUUUAAAAUCUAAUAUUAAUUUAUAUUAUAUUUCUCCUAUUAUAAAUUUAUUUUUAGUGGUUAUAUUAUGAUUAUCAAUACCAUUUUUAAGUGUAAAUUUAAAUUUUAAUUUAUCAGUUUUAUUUAUUUUAAGAGUAUCAAGAUUAGGAGUAUAUAGAAUUAUAUUGGCUGGAUGAUCCUCAAAUUCUAUAUAUGCUUUAUUAGGAGGAUUACGGGCUAUUGCUCAGGUUAUUUCUUAUGAAGUAAGAUUAGUAUUAAUUUUAUUAUCUUUUAUUUGUAUAAUUAUAAGUUUUAAUAUUUUAGAUUUUAUUAAAUUUCAAGAAAUAGUUUGAUUUAUUUAUUUUAUAUAUCCUUUAUGUUUUAUAUGAUUCAUUACUAGAUUAGCUGAAACAAAUCGAACUCCUUUUGAUUUUGCUGAGGGGGAAUCUGAAUUAGUUUCUGGUUUUAAUGUUGAGUAUAGAAGAGGAGGAUUUGCUUUAAUUUAUUUAUCAGAAUAUGCAAGAAUUUUAUUUAUAAGAAUAUUAUGUAGAAUAAUUUUUUUAGGGGGUAAUAUUUGAUCUUGAGUAUUUUAUUUAAAGUUGAGUUUAAUGGUUUACUUAUGAAUUUUAGUUCGAGGAUCUUUGCCUCGGUAUCGUUAUGAUAAGUUAAUAAAUUUAUGUUGAAAAAAUUAUUUACCUAUUUCUUUAAAUUUAUUAAUAUUAUUUUUUUCUAUUAUAAUUUAUAUAUUUUUAAAUUUUUAA